CAGUUUAAGCACAAUGGCUGACUGGACAUGUUUACAAGAAGUAGUGCUUGGAAAAGUACUCCGUUAUUCAGAAAUACUCGAUAAAUUCUGUAUUAGUAAAACAUGCCGUUCGUGGGAAUGUGCUGCUUUCCGACCCGAGGCGUGGGCGAAUGUAUGUAUUUCUGGAGAAAAGCUUCAGAUUACAUGCAAUAUAAAGUGUCUUGACGAAACUAUUUCAGAACAAAAAAUGAGCUCAGAACUUUUAUGUUUUGUUCAGAAGGGAAGUAAUCUAAUAAAAAAUCUACAUGUAACAUUUUGCAAACCGUUUGACAUUGAACUUUUUAAACAGGUAAUAUCUGAUUGUCAAAAUCUUACAUCUUUACAAUUAUCCAUAGGGUGUAAUACAGAUGAGAAAUUAGAAAUGUUGAUUCACGAUUGUGUAAACAAUUUGUUCAUAAACAAGAAAGAUAUCAAAAUCGUCCGAAUUUAUGAUGUUUCUCUUCCUAAGAAACUUAUAGAUCAAAGUCCAUUCCUUGAUGGUGAUGUUAUUCCAGGACUCAAUGUGUCGAAGUCCGAAUAUCCUACAGUUCCAUUCGGAGCUUCUCAUGCACAACAUCUUAAAGAGCUAUGGAUUGUCAAUUCCUUUCUAGAGGUGCAUUUUUUAAGGAAUAUCUUGUAUUUAGUUAACCUGACAGAAUUAGCUAUUAAUCCACAACAACUAGAUUAUAGUCUUUUAGUUCAUUUAGCUUCAAACUCUCUCAGAGAUCUUUUUAUUGUUGCCAACGAAAAGACGCCGACUUUUUACAACGAGGCGCCUAUUAACGAUGCACAGUGGAAGGAUAUUAGGAGGAAUAGCCCAACACUACGAGUUCAUUGUUACUUUAGCUGCACCCAUGAGUGGGCUGACAGAGAUGUAAUAUUCAAACCUAGUAUGCCUUUGGCUUCCCUUAUUUAUAAACAGAACGUCUGGUUGCGAUAUCCUUUUUUAAUUCAUCAUUUCAUGUCGGCAUAUUGUGAAACGUUAGAAGAAUUCGUAGAUUAUAGUUUAUCAGAAAGGACAUAUGAACAAGACUAUGGCAAAACAUUUCUUUCUAGAAUGGAUGAGUUGGUAAUUACCGUUGCCAGAAACUGUCAUAAACUGAAAUGGCUUACGGUUAAAGAACCUUUAUCUAGUGCUUCAAUAAUUUUGAUUGCGUGUCUCAAUAGAAAUAUUAGACGUUUUCUUGUCCGUGAUGAUAUGAUCCUUUACACAAAUGACAUCCCAGAUGAUGUUUUUCCAGAUGAAGUUAUAAAACAAACAGUGAAUCUUUUCUACGACACCCCUGAGAAGCUUAGUGAGAAGAUGUCUGAAAUUCUUAAUACCAGAUGGACGCCAUUGUCCAGGAGUAAUUACUUUGCUAUCCUAAAAAACAAAUACAAGAAAUUUAAAUAAACUAUUUCUCAAUUUUAGUUUUAUUCGAAAAAUGACAAAUGUAAUGAAAAUUCGAAUUGGCUCGUUUCUAACGAUAUUCAUACAGAGGCCAUUGUCGAGGAGUAAUCACUUUGCUAUCCUAAACAACAAAUACACGAAAUUUAAAUAAAUUAUUUCUUUAUUUUA